AUGACUGAUCACCUAAUUGCUGCCGUCCAAACGCAUCUCCCUAAUAUAGAUGUUAAUAUUAUUUCUCAGGGAGCUGAAGCUUUGGUAUUUGAAACAACUACUCAUCCCUACAACCAAACUUCGGAAGAUGCUUCCAAAUACAUCAUCAAGUAUAGACCACCAAAACCUUAUAGACACCCCAAGAUUGAUGCAAGUAUAACCAAAAUUAGAACUGUGGGUGAAGCUAGAAUUAUGUACAAGUUGUCCAAAUUAGGUAUACCUGCACCUACUUUGAUUCUGAGUGAUUUCAACAACGGGAUAGUAUGGAUGGAAUACCUAGGCUACAAUUUACCCAAUGGCAAUAUAAGUUCGUUUAAGAAUUGGUUAUGGUUUUUGGAAGAAACAGCUAAAGCGCAACAGGAUGAAGAAGGUGAAGACUUAUCUCUUUGUGUAAGUGAAGAAGUUAAACUUGUAUGCAACAAAGUGGGUGAAUUGAUUGGUAGAAUCCAUUUGAAUGAUGUAAUACACGGUGAUUUAACAUCUUCAAACAUCAUACUUUUACCGGAAAAUAACGAACCUGCAUUAAUCGAUUUUGGACUUUCUUCAAUCUCUGGGUUACCCGAAGACAAAGCAGUUGACUUGUAUGUAUUGGAAAGGGCCAUUUUAAGUACCCAUUCGGUGUUCUCUAACACAUAUAAUACCUGGUUAUUACAAGGGUACAAAGAUAUUCACCAUUCAAAAGAAUUUAAACAAGGAAGCAAGAAAUAUUCCGAAACUAUAAAGAGAUUAGAAGAUGUAAGAUUAAGAGGAAGAAAGAGAAGUAUGUUAGGUUAA